AUGGGAGCAAACAAUGAGCUAGAGCAAUGUCGUCGGUUCCGUCAAACCCAGUGGCAACUUUUAAACUCCAGUGAUUUGGCCAUAAAUACGACUGAGCUGGAGAUAGAAGCAUGCUUGGAUGGUUGGAUCUAUGACCAAAGUAUAUUUACCUCCACUACUGUAACCCAGUGGAAUUUAGUAUGUAAAUCAAAGUCACUCAAAUUAUGGUCACAGUCCAUGUUUAUGGCAGGAUUCAUGUUGGGAUCUCUUCUAGGUGGCUAUAUUUCUGACAAAUUUGGCCGGAAACCUGUGUUGUUGGCUUCUUCCCUGUUGUCUGCACUACUGGGCACUGGUUCAAUUUUUGCCCCAACCUUCCCAAUUUACUGUACAAUUCGAUUUCUUUUGGCAAUGUCAACGGGAACCAUAUUCACCAAUACUCUUGUACUCCAAUGGCUGCCAUCUAAUGUCACACCCGUGAUUAUAACAAUAAGGUCUCUGCUUCUAAGCACUGGACAGAUGGUACUACCUGGACUGGCUUAUGUCUUCCGAGACUGGCGCAUGCUACAGUUGUCCAUUUCAGUGCCUUACUUUGUGUUUUUCCUAUCCCUAUGGUGGACAUCAGAGUCUGUCCGUUGGUUGAUUGUAACUGGCAAGCUGGGAAAAGCACUCAAAGCAAUGAAGAAAGUAGCCCAUACAAAUGGGAAGAAAGAUGUUGAAGAGACUCUGAAUAUUGAGGUUUUACAAUCUGCAAUGAGAGAAGAACUCACUUUCCUCAAACAUAGUUCCAAGAAAAUAAAGGUCAUGGCAAGUCCCAUUAUGUGCAAGACACUCUUCCUGCUGUUUUUCCUGAGAUUUUCUGCAGUUUUCUUUGUUCAUGGAGUGUUGACAGAUUUACAAAAUUUAGGGAGCAAUAUGUUCUUGUCUCAGGCUCUCCUUGGAGCUGUGGACUUCCCAUCAAAAAGUCUUUCUUUCCUUGUAAUGAAGUUCCUUAAACGGCGGCCUUCAAUCGCUUCUGCUCUUUUCUUAGGUGGAUUUUGUAUCUUAAUCAAUAUAUUCGUGCCCAAAGACAUGCCUUACAUACGCCUUGGACUUGCUAUGUUGGGAAAAGGAUUGAUGGCAAUAUACUUGAGCAUGAAUAUGAUCUAUAAUCAUGAACUCAUACCCACAGGGCUCAGGUCCAGAGCAGAGGCUGGAAUUAUAUUCAGUUCUGGUCUGGCCGCAUCUCUGAGCAGUCUAGCAUUAAUUACAAGGCAGUAUUUUGAACACUUGCCAACAAUCCUGCUUGGAACUUUCCCCAUUGUGGCUGCCUUCUGUGUCUACUUCCUACCAGAGACUUUAAACCUUCCACUUCCAGACACUAUACAGGAUGUAGAAAGAAGCUUCUCGGCACUUAUCAAUGAUGAGAAUAAUUUAGCAAGCCACUUCAACAGAUUGCUGCGAGAUGAUGAGGGUGAUUGA